AUGGAGACGCGGCGGACGCAGGAAGGCUUGACGCGCGGCAUGUUGUCGCGCUGGCUGGCGCUCAAAGCCGGCGCAUGGCAGGGGCUGCGUCGAGGGCACUCGGCCUGGCUCGUUCACACCGUACGUACUGUCGGCGGUACACUCGCGCGCGGCGCCGCUACUCGGCUCGGACGAAGUACACAGUGCGGAGCGGACACGGCGUGUGACCGAGCGCACCACUCGCCAUCUGAAGCGGGACUGAGCGCUCGGCGGUGGCGGGCGGCGGGCGGCAGCGCGCGCGCGCACCAGGUAUACGGUUAUGACAGGGGGCGGGGCCGCGCCCGGCUCAUAAAUCAAACUUCGCCCAUUCGCACGCGCUACACGGGCUCCCCUCCUCCAUAUUCCAUAUUCGGGGCGGGGCAUAUUUUCAUAAUCAUAACGCCUCAUAUUCAUAAGCGACAUGUGAUCGCGAGUAAGCUGACGGCACGAGGCGGCCGCCGGCCGGUGGGCGGCGCUGACGCCCGCUAG